GCCACCCGCUUAUAAAUCUUCUUUCAGAGUGGUAGGUGUAUCUACGUAGGAGAAAAAAGAAAAAAAAAAAUCACACACAACCUUAAACAAGAAUAGUGAAGAGCAAAUACUUCAGCAAUACCUAGUUACUUAACCAAAAUGACAGCCACUGCCAUGGAUGAAAUGACACCAGAACUUGAACUUCCGGGCUUCCGAUUUCACCCUACAGAAGAAGAACUUCUCGACUUCUACCUCAAGAACAUGGUGUUCGGAAAAAGAUUGCGUUUUGAUAUAAUCGGCUUUCUCAACAUCUAUCAUCAUGACCCUUGGGAUUUGCCUGGGCUGGCGAGGAUUGGUGAAAGAGAGUGGUACUUCUUUGUGCCGAGGGACAGGAAGCAUGGUAGUGGUGGGAGGCCUAACCGGACAACUGAAAAUGGGUUUUGGAAAGCCACAGGUUCUGACCGGAAAAUCGUGACCAUAUCGGAUCCGAAACGGAUUAUUGGCUUAAGGAAGACCCUUGUUUUCUAUAAAGGAAGAGCACCUAGAGGAAACAAGACCGACUGGGUGAUGAACGAGUAUCGCCUGCCUGAUUCAUCUCCGUUACCAAAGGACAUAGUACUGUGCAAGAUAUACAGGAAGGCCACUUCUUUAAAAGUCCUAGAGCAAAGGGCAGCAAUGGAGGAAGAGAUGAAGAACUUUCAUGCUUCCCCUUAUUCAUCUCCACCAUCAUCAUCACUUGAAACCGUCUCAUUUCUAACUCAACAGGAGGAUCAGUUUGUGCCACCAAUGCCUGUGCACAACAUUGUCUUCAAGAAAGAAGCAGAAGAAGACACAAAACAUGGAAGACCAAUUGAAAGUAGAGGAUGUUCCACAUCCCUGCACUUGCCACUAGGGAAGGACAAGUUGCCAGAGCUUCAAGUUCCCAAAUCGACCAUGGACUGGACCCAAGAUCAAUUUUGGACUCAGUUAAACAGUCCUUGGCUUCAAAGCCUGACCCCUUAUGCCAACAUUCUGAACUUCUAAUUUCUUCACGUUCAUCAUGCCUAGAAUACAAUAAACUUAGGCCAUGUAGAUAAAUUUGUGCAUGAAUUAGUAGUAUAUGGGCCAAUCCCUCCUCGAUUAAGGGAAUUCUGGAUAAGUUUUUGUUAGUCAUCAGGUGGUUGGCCAUGACUUGUUUUCCUCCUUUCAAAGGGUGCUUUCUGUUCUGAUUAAAGAACAGUUUCACUUUCGAGAAUGGCUUCUCUUAAAUUUUAAAAACAGAUGGAAAACUAAGAAAAUCCAAGAAAUUGGCCUAUAUGGUAAUGAAACCUACUUCUUCAUCGACUGAUCGAUCUUUAAUUCAAGUGCUAAAGAUGGGAACGGAUUCUCUACUAAACAGAUGGGUUCAGAGAAAGGGGCUUCCCUUCAAGGAAUCUUGUGUUGCAGAGUUAUAUUGCUACCAACUUUGUGGUUGCAUCUUUUUUUUUUUUUUU